AUUGUUUUCAUGUUCCUCCUCUCCCCUUCCCUCCUCUUCCCUUCCUCUGAUCUAAUCCACUAUUAAUAUUCUAUCCCCCCGAUACCAAACUGUUUACCUCGUCUUCUUCGUCGUCAAUCCAGCUCACGAUUCAGAGCGUCGAGAAAAGUACAAAGACCAACACGUACUGUCACUCAUCACGGCAUCCGCAGCCUCCCCGUCUCUCGACCCCUACAUACGCUGUGCCAAUACCAAGACGAGGUCCCUUUGGACAGGACCCAACAUCCAGCUCGAUUCUUCAGACACCUGACGCAAAAAAAACGGCAGACGCUCGCGUGCACACUCAUACGCAGGCCAAAGGAUCAAAUUGCUCUGCUACCACUUUCCUGUGUUGCAAGAUCUCCCAACUCAUACCAAAAAAAAAAAAAAAAGGAGGCUGCGGACUGUUGGUUCGACACAGAACGCUCAACCAAAACCACGACAGAAUAAACGCAUGCAGCCACGAGCAAUGGGAUAAAGACCAAGCUUUUCCAACAGACGUCUUUUCCCCCUUCUCUUUGCGUCUUCGACUCUUGGCUUCCAAGGUCUCAUCGUCCUUUUGCCAGACCAACCCACUUCGCCGACCUUGACCCGACUUAUUGGGUUGUAUUUCGCGUUGGCUGACACUCGGGGGACACACUCUUUGCUCACCUGUCGCCCAUCCUCCCCCCUCCAUUUGUCAAGGCCUAGGCCAGAGAAUUGGAGACCCCUCGGAAUCGCCGCGGACUACCUCACCCUCCAAAACCCGACCAGCACUUGCACCAGCACCAAGCGUUUCUUCUUGGUGGUGUGUGGCCCAAUUACGUGUCGGCCCAUCCCUGAUCAGAGCACCCUUCUCCGCUGCUGUCGCUGAGCCCACCGGCCACACUCCGAAGAGCAAUGGCGGCCGUCCUUACCAACCUGGCGGUGCCCCAGCCCGCUCCCCUGCCCCAAGACAAGCAACAUUCCGAGCAACAAAACUCAAGUAGCUUGUCCUCGUCCCCCCGCCAAUUCCCGACCGAUCUUACUUCUCCCAUCCUCGAAGAAAUCGAUGAGUCCGAAAGCGAAUCGCCGAAUGAACCUGUGACCCCCAUUAGCAGCGGGAGACAGUCCCAGGAGUUUACCACCCUUCCCAGCCAAGACCAUCACGAUAUUACUCUCGCCCCCGAAAGCCAGCCUACCCAUCAGGUGCAGCCUGCGCCGAAACCUCUUUUGGUCAACACAGCACCCACCCCCACGGUCUCGCCCGCAAACUCGGCCACGACACCAAAGCCCGCCAACCCUCCAGCUCCAGCUGAACCUACUCCUGACCAAGAGCCGCCACCCACUCCGCUGCAGAGACGGCCUACUCGAGGCUCCACGACCAGCUUUAAGCGGACCAUGUCCAACAUCUUUCGAAGAUCCAACUCGUCCAUCAACCGACCAGAGUUCGACUUCUUGGGCCAAGCCAACGACGCCUCCGAGAGUGCAGUGAUUGACUCGACACCUGCCAAGAGCAGUGGCAGACGUUUCUCAAUGAACAGAUCAAGCAACACCACGAGGUCUAAUUCGCCUCCAUCGCCGGGCUCGCCCGUCGACACCGCCUCAUCGUACAAAGAGGCUUCGACCAUGCCUUCUCAGGAUGACUUCAAGAAGAAGAACAGGGCCUCGACUGGCUUCACCAGCCUGCGCGGACGCGCUGUCAACUUCGUCGGCGCCAACGUCCCUGGACGGGAAAAGCACGCACCCAAGAAGCCGGUCCCUCUUGGAAGGAGACGCGCCAGCAGUUUCGAAGCUCGCCUCGAAAGCCGUCAUCUUGCGCCUGCGUCGGACAAUCACUACAAGAACCCCGUCCUGCCGAUGCAAGGAUCGUCUCCCUGGGCUCAAAUGCCCGACGCUGGUGUAGGUGUCAAGGCCCGUCGCAUGAGUCUGAGCCUCCCCGAUGACUUCCAGGUCGACGUUGUCGAGCUUCUCUCCGAGUUCGAGUACCAGCACAAACUGCUUGGCCGUCACGGCAAGCACCUGGGCAAGGGAGCCACCUCCAAGGUCACAAUGAUGUGCCGAAAGGGAUGCCCGAAUGAAUUAUACGCAGUCAAGGAGUUCAGAGGCAAGAGAAAGAAGGAGACGGAGGACGAGUACGUCAAGAAGAUCAAAUCAGAAUUCAGUAUCGCUAAGAGCCUGCACCACCCCAACAUCGUCGAGACGGUUCGUCUUUGCACAGAUCACGGACGCUGGAACCACGUCAUGGAAUACUGUUCGGAAGGUGAUCUCUACGGACUCAUCGCCAAGCGGUACAUGACGGACCCGGCGAGACAGAGUGAUCGUCUUUGCUUGUUCAAGCAGCUCAUCCAGGGCGUCAACUACCUCCACAGCAACGGCAUUGCCCACCGCGACAUCAAGUUGGAGAACCUCCUCAUUACCAAGGACAGCAAGCUGAAGAUCACCGACUUUGGCGUAUCAGAAGUCUUUACUGGCCAUCACCCCGGCUUCCGGGAAGCCGGUGGGCAGUGCGGUAAGGGCAUGUGCGACGAGAUCCGCUUGUGCAAGCCCGGAAUGUGCGGCAGCGAGCCGUACACGGCACCCGAGGUCAUUCUCAAGCAGGAUGAGUACGACCCUCGCGGCCUCGACGUGUGGAGCUCCGCCGUCGUCAUGAUUUACCUUACUUUCGGAGGCAACAUCUGGAAGAGAGCCGAUACCUCGCACGAGGGCUACAGACUUCUUCUCAAGGGAUGGGAGAAGUGGGAGGCCAAGCACCCCGACCCCGAUGCUCGCAUGACGGAAACAGACUACCCUCACUAUCCGGCUUUCGACCUGAUGGUCUCUCCGCCCGCGCUCCGCCGUGUGCUUCUCAUGAUGCUCAACCCCAACCCGGCAAAGCGCGCAUCCAUCUCAGAGAUUGCCAAUCACCGCUGGGUCAAGAACAUCGAAUGCUGCCAGCUCGAGAGCUAUGACGACCCGGCCAACCUCAUCGACGCCACCAAGAAAGGGAGUGCACAGCUCAACACUAAGAAAGUGUUCUGCCACAACCACUUGCCACUCGAGAGCCACGGCCACUCACUCGGAAAGAUGCCGGGUCAAAUGGGUUAUUGACUACACCCGGAUACGACGAUACGACUUUUUACGUGUUUGAUUUUCUGCAUAGCCACGAUUCUAUCUUUUGGAGUCGGCUCCAUAUUAUAAGUUUGCAACAGCAAACUCACAACACCAGGCGUUCAUAGAGAGGCUGAUGCAAAGAGCUUUCCAUAAGGCUUGGAAUUGUUUUUUUCGGAACGCACACCUGAGAACACUUUGGAGGCAGCAGAGACCGCUGCAACACAGCCCUGCAGUGCGCCAUGGGCGCGUAUACGCAGUAAGACAAACAUUCAGGCUGAUGAAGGGGGACAUUCAGAAUGUGCAUCGCCAUACAUAAUCAAACCACCUUCUUUGAUAAUUCGCACAUGCACGCCCGUGUCCCAGAGUCAAACCUACGCUAAGAGGGUGGUGAAAGAUGUGCCUGCCUGGGUGCGUAGGCACUAGGAAAAGGGGGAGGACAGGCAUUGUGUGAAUUGUUGUGUUGUGCGCGCGUGUAAGUAGAGACGCCCAGCAUGCUUCAGUAGCUUGGUGUGAUAGACAAAAGCUUGGCAUUGGUUGGGA